AUGCUCGACGGGCACUACUCGGCGGAGCGCUGCGUCGAGCUGAAGAAGUACGACGAGUUCCCCGUUGACGGUGCGGCGAUGCCGAGGAAGGGCGCCUACCUGCGCGGCACCACCAAAGGCGGGAUGCACGUCUUCAACAUCGCGGCAGUCACGUGCGCCAUCGGGCAGCAGCUGCUGGUCGAGGAGGGGCGCCUCGCCGCCGGCCACUGA